UGCGCAAUUGGUUUGAUUUGAUGGUUCUUAUUUAGGGGUUGAUUUAAGCCGCACGUGGUUACGAUUAAAAGCUAUUUAAUGACAAAAGAUUAUUUUUCAUUUUCGUGAUGCCGUUUUUUAUCAGGAAAGUUGGUCGAGGGGGUGGAGGACAGAAACGCAAACUCAAUGGUUAUCAUGGUAAGAUAUCCAAAACUCAAUCCACAUCAAAGCGAUCAAAAAAAGGACAAAAGUCUGUACCUGAUGACAAUGAGAGUAUUGCUAGUACAGAUGAAGAAUUUGCAGAAGAAAAUUUCAGAAAAAAGACAGAAAAGUUUGAAAGCGAAACAGAAGAGGAGGAAGAAACUGCACAAGAAAAGAGUGUAAGGCUUGCAAAAAAGUAUCUUCAAGAAAUAGAAGAAGAAGAAAAGGAUAGAGCAGAAUUCGAAGAGGGUGCAGUUGCACGGAGAUUACGUGAGGAAUAUUUAGAGCAAAAGGGUCGAUUAAGGAAAACUAUAGCAUCAAAUUAUACUGGCCACAAAGAACUCAUACUAUUGAGAUGUAAAGAGCAUAAAGGACCUAUUACUUGCAUUUGUCUUUCUAAUGAUGGUAGUACAUUAUAUUCAGGAUCUAAAGAUGGCAGUUUAGUUAAAUGGUCAAUAAAGGAAAAGAUUAAAUUAAAAGCCAUUAGAGGAAAAAGAGGAAAGACGAAAGAUGGAAUGAAAUCUAUACGAUGUAUGGCAAUUAGCACAGAUGGAAAAUUUCUGGUAAUAGGAGAUAAUGGAUGUAAUGAUAUAAAAGUGUUUUCUGGUGAUACUCUAGAUCAUAUAAAGAAUCUACAAGGUCAUAGAAAUUUUGUAACUGGAUUGGUAUUCCGAAAAGAUACUCACACGUUAUAUUCCGCAUCCGAAGAUAGGAGCGUGAAAGUUUGGAAUCUAGAUGAUAUGGCUUAUGUCGAAUCUUUAUUCGGACAUCAGAGUGGUAUUACAUUUAUCGACGCACUUUCACGAGAGCGUGCUAUCACGAGCGGUGGUUAUGACGGAACUAUCAGGAUAUGGAAAAUAGUCGAAGAAUCACAAUUAAUAUUUAAUUUACAUAAUCUCGGUAACAGCAUCGACAUAGUUAAGCUUAUAAAUGAAGAGAAUUUCUUCAGUGGUGGAGAUGAUGGACAACUUUGUGUUUGGGGAUGUUUGAAAAAAAAGCCGCUAUGUUCAGUGCCAGAGGCGCAUGGGAGGGAUGAAACCAACGGCCAACCAAUGUGGAUUUCAAGUAUUGCAACAUUGUUAAAUACAGAUUUAGUAGCAUCAGGCUCGCGUAAUGGCGUCAUCAAAUUGUGGCAAUGUGGUCAGGACUUUAGAUCUUUAAAUUUCUUGUUUGAAAUUAAAUUGACAGGUUUCAUAAAUGCACUCACUUUUACACCCGAUGGGAAUCAGCUUAUUGCUGGUGUUGGUACUGAACAUAGAAAUGGUAGUUGGUGGCGAAUACCAGAAGCAAAAAAUAGUAUUGUUAUUAUACCAUUGAUACAUAAAUAAAAAAAGACAAGUCCUCGCUAUUUUUAAGAUAUUUUACAUAAUAUCUGUGUAUGUAUGUACAUAAUUUAUAUCUGAUUAUUAUAAGUUACAGAUUAUUAUACCUUU